AUGUAUUCAUCUGUAUCUAAACUUGAUCAAGAUAUUGCAUGUUUAUUUUUGAAUGCUCCAUCGAAUAUGGUUUCCUAUAGACCAAUUUCAAUGAGAACUAAACAGAAUCCUAUAAGAAUAGAAUCAUCUCAAUCGAUGUGUAAUAAAGAUAAAUUUAUCGAUGAUAAUUUAUUACAAUCUCAUUCAAAUACAAAAAUUAUUCCAAUGUAUUAUGAUGUAAUUAUUGAUACAGUUACGGAUUAUGAUAUUUUCUAUCCGGUAGCUAAACAAAUAGAAAAAUAUGGUUACAAUUCAAUCAAUGCACGUUAUCAUGUUCAAAGACUUGAUGAACAUGCUGUUUCAAUUAAUUUUCCGCAUGAUUAUGAUUCAACAUCAAAUUUAUCUAAUCAAGAUUUUCAUCCAAUAAAGAACGUGCGUUUUAAUGAUAAACCAACAUGGAUUCCAUAUUCAAGAAAUAAUACAGAAAACCCAUCUAUAUCUCUUGAACAAUAUUAUUUUUAUCCAGAAAUGGUACCACAUGUAAACAAUGAGCAAUCAUCUAGACGUUAUCUUACACCACCAUUCUUUUGGUUUUGUCCAGUUCUUGAUCAUGAUUAUGCUAUUUUUAUACCAACUUCAAGACCGAGUCUUCAUGCUUAUAUCUCACCGUUAUUUAAUCCGUAUUCAAAACAAAACUCAACUCCUAAUCCAAUUCAACUUUAA